UCCAACAACCAGCCCUGGAGAAAAAAUAACACACAGCAGCGAACGUCUGUUUCAAGAUUAUUUUAUUGCAGUGAGCAGCUACGUGGCAGUAGCUGUGUGUGGCUGGGCAGGGGGCCAGGAGGCCAGGAGGCAGUAAACCCACAGCAGAGGUCCUGACAGCCCAGCCCCACACACACUCGCACGCGCACACUCGCACGCACACAGAGCCAGCCAGCUGCAAGAGGAGGUGGGAGGGAGUGCUCUUUGGAAGACACAUCUGCUCAGCCUAUAGACUGAUAAUAUAAUGCUAACACUGCUGCUUGUUUAUGCUGGUUUGUGUGUGUGUGCGUGCGUGUGUGUGUGUGGGAGUUGUCCUUGUCUGGCAGUGUGAGUGUUAUCUUAGUCCAGGCGUUGUGUGUGUGUUAUAUAACUCAGUCUGGCCAUGGGAAUACACUGCUGUUUCACUUCUCUUCCUCCUCGUUCUACCUCGUUCUAACUCUGUCACAGCCUAUCAGAGAGCAGAGGCCUAUUUCAGCCAAUCAAACGCCAAGUGUCAAAGUUGUCUCUUUCUUCUUUUCUUUGUGUUUGUUUCAGAGGAGUCAAAGUAGAGAGAGGAGAGGAGUGGAGAUUGAAGGAGAGAGAGAACCCAGAGAGAUUAACAAGAGAGAGAGAGAUGUCUGAGAGACAGUGAGAGGAGAGAAAGAAAGAAUAGAUAAUGAAAUAGAAGGAAAGAGGAGUGAAGGAAAAGAGGAGUGAAGGAAAAGAGGAGUGAAGGAAAAGAGGAGUGAAGGAAAAGAGGAGUGAAGGAAAAGAGGAGUGAAGGAAAAGAGGAGUGAAGGAAAAGAGGAGUGAAGGAAAAGAGGAGUGAAGGAAAAGAGGAGAAAUGGAAAAAGGAGAGAGAGAAGUGCUGAUCCUGUCAUUUCCUGGGCCAGGUAGGCCAGGCCAGUGUGUGUAUCCAUGAAUGUACGUCACCAUGAUGAUGACCGACCAGCUGAUGGACUUAGCUCCGCCUCCGCUGCUGAACGGGGAGCUGCCGCUGAUGCAACACAUGGUUAAUGGAGACGCAGCACAACAGGUGAUCCUGGUACAGGUGAAUCCAGGGGAGACCUUCACCAUCAGAGCAGAGGACGGCUCGCUGCAAUGCAUCCAGGGUCCCGCUGAGGUCCCAAUGAUGUCCCCCAAUGGAUCAAUCCCCCCCAUCCACGUCCCCCCAGGAUACAUCUCCCAGGUGUUAGAAGACAACACAGGAGUGCGUCGGGUGGUCGUCACCCCGCAGUCUCCUGAAUGUUAUCCCCCCUCGUACUCCCCCGCUCUCUCCCCCACGCACCACCUCCCGCCGUACCUCACCCACCCCCACUUUAUCCCCAACUCUCACUCCUUCUAUCCCCCUGUGAGUCCAGGAGACCUGCCCCCCCACCAGUACUACCAACACCACCUCCCGCCCAUAUAUGGAGAAGAGAUAAUCCCAGUGUAUGGACAUGUCCAGACUUUACGUUGGCAGAGAGACUUUGAGAGCUAUAACAAGCCCCAGCCUUUGAAGAAGAUGAAGACUUUGAGACAGAGACAGACUUUGACCAGACAGUUUUCCUAUAGAAACACGCACACACAAUCACCGCAAGAUCACGACUCGGAGGCAAAGAGAGUUCAGGAAGUGCUCUCCGCCAUCGACAAACCACAGGUGUCCAACGUGCACGCGCGGGGUGCUAGGUUGUCCUGGGCUCCCCCGGUCGGGCUGGUGAACCGGUUCAGCAACAGCCAGUCUCUCACCUACGAGGUCUCUCUGUCCGACAAGGGACGGGAUGGCAAAUACAGACUUAUAUACAGUGGAGAGGAGUUGGAGUGUCAUCUAAAAGACCUGAGGCCAGCUUCAGACUACCACAUACGAGUCAGCGCGGUGUGUAACUCUAACUUGAGGGGUGUGUGUUCGGAGACGGGGUCGUUCACAACACACACCUGCCCCCCCGACCUGCCCUUCCCCCCCAAACUAUCUCACCGCACCAAGAGCACCCUCACACUGCAGUGGAAGCCUCCAGUCGACAACGGAUCCAAAAUCACAAACUACCUUCUGGAGUGGGACGAGGGAAAGAAGAACAGUGUAUUUAGAGAAUGUUACUUUGGGAGCCAGAGACACUGUAAGCUGACCAGACUGUGUCCUGCUGUGGGCUACACCUUCAGAGUGGCUGCUCACAACGACAUAGGCACCAGUGGUUUCAGUACGGAGGUUGUGUUCUACACUACAGGUACGCUGCCCUCCUGCCCCCUGGCACCGCGGCUGCUGCGGGCGGGCGUCUCCUGGGUCACGCUGGAGUGGGGCCGUCCCGAGGGCAGCGCCAACGAGGAACUAAUCACAUACACACUCGAGAUCCAGGAGGAUAAUACCGGAACAGACUUUCAUCCGAAGUACACUGGAGACAAACUAACCUCCACGGUGCAAGGCCUGAAGAGGAGCACGCAGUACAAAUUCAGGCUGAUAGCGUCUAACGUGGAGGGUGGCAGUAAACCCAGUGAAGUGUUGGUGUGUACUACCUGUCCUGAUAAACCUGGACCCCCUUCUCCCCCCCGAGUCACGACCACUACAUCGUAUGGCUUCACCAUCACCUGGGAUCCUCCCCAGGACAAUGGAGGUUCAGAAGUUCUGACGUAUCUGCUGGAGAUCUCAGAAGGCAGCUCUGACGCGGGCCAGUGGGAGGUGGCGUACAGCGGCCCCGCUACAGAGUGUGUGUGUGAAGAACUGACGCCCGGCACAGUUUACCGCCUGCGAGUGUGUAGCAUCAGCACCGGUGGACACAGCCAGUGUUCCUUCAGCGUUCCGGUUCGGACGUUGAGCGUCGUCCCCGGACCCUGCCAACCACCCAGGAUCGUGGGUAAAGCCAAACACAAGGAAGUACAGUUAGAAUGGGACGGCCUGACAUCAGAAGGUGUGUGUGAGGAGUGUAUGUUCAGUCUGGAGAUGACAUCAUCAGAGGGCGACGCUGAGCCCAGUGAGGUGUACAAUGGGACAGAGCUGCAGUGCAGUGUGGGUAGCCUGCUGCCGGGGGCAACCUACAACUUCAGACUGAGGGCUGCCAAUGAGGCUGGGUUUGGAGAGUACUCUGAGGCGGUGGAGGUGACGACAGCAGCGGGUCCUCCAGGCCAGUGUGUGGCGCCACUCAUCACUCUGAACAACACCACCUGUCUAACAGUCAGCUGGGAGAGUCCUGAAGGAUCAGGCUCUGACAUAUCAGAGUAUCGCCUGGACUGGUCCAGGGAGGAGGAGCCGAUGGAGCUGAUCUACUGUGGACCAGAGACCCAGUGUGAAGUAUCAGACCUGACCCCCGCAACACACUACUGCUGUAGACUACAGGCGGUGAACCAAGCGGGGGCGGGGCCUUACAGUGAACAGAUGACCUUCCAGACUCCAGCGACUAAUCCCGACGCAGUCUCUUCUUUCUUCCUGCUUGACCAGCUCCAAUCAGAUCAGUCCCCCUCCACCUGCCUCUUCCUGAAGUGGGAGGAGCCUAACUGUAAUGGGGCGGAUAUAACGUCUUACAUCAUCAGUCUGGACGAUCAACUCAUUACCGUGGAUACAGGAACCAGUCACCUGAUCACUGACCUUCAGCCAGACAGCCAGUACAGUGUGCAGAUCCAAGCGGUGAAUAUGAUUGGCUGUGGCCCGUUGAGCCCACCCCUGGUGGCUAGGACACGCCCCCUCCCUCCGGCUCCUCCUCCUUUGGAAUGUUCGGCUGUUGGCCCGCAGAGCCUGAAACUGAAGUGGGGGGAGAACGCUGCACACACACACACCCGCGCCCUGCUCUCCAAUGACAUGUUCUACACACUACAGAUGGAAGAUAAGAACCACAGGUUUGUGUGUAUCUACAGAGGUCCCAGUCAUACUUACAAGGUGCAGCGCCUGACAGAGUCCACCAGUUACCGGUUCAGGAUCCAGGCAUGUAGUGACGCAGGGGAGGGACCCUUCUCAGACACACAUACCUUCUCUACCACCAAGACUGUACCCUCCGCACUCAAAGCUCCCAGAGUGCACCAGCUGGAAGGGAAUGUGUGUGAGGUCACCUGGGAGGCCAUUCCACCAAUGAGAGGCGACCGUGUCAACUACGUCCUUCAGGUGCUGGUUGGACGAGAGUCAGAGUACAAACAGGUGUUUAAGGGAGAAGAGAGUGCCUUCCAAAUCACUGGGCUCCAAGGCAACACCGACUACCGUUUCCGUGUGUGCGCCUGCCGCCGUUGCCAGGAUACCAACCAUGAACUCUGUGGCCCUCUUAGUCCCUCCUCCCUGUUCACCUUGCGUCGCCAGGAGCAACCGUGCCUGGGGGAGACAAGCGCCGUGGAGACGGUGAAAGGGGCGGGGAUAAUAUCCAGCGAUGAGCGCUUUGCGGCGGUCGUGGUGUGUGUGUUCGCCGGUGUCUCCAUCCUCAUGGCCUGUCUGCUACAAUACUUCUUCAUGAAGUGAGGGAAUGAAUCGGCAACAGGAUAGAAAAGAGAAAACAAAGCGAUAGCAAAAGAAAACGAGCAUCUGCGAAAGAAAGGAAAGAAAACAAACACUUAAGAAUCAAGUGCAGGAUAGAAAGAGGAAAAAAACGAGAGAGGAAACAGACUUCAAACGAAACAGAAUUUGAGCUGUACUUCAGUUAUUCUACCGUGCCGUUGUCCACAUAUCUCUUUCCUCUUCUCUCGCCUCUCUCUCUUUCCCUCUCUCUCUCUCGCUCGCUAUCUCUGUUUCUCUUGUCAUUGUUCGUUUGGUCUCUCUAUCUUAUGUAAUGGAUGUAUUUGGAGGGAAGCUGUUCGUGGCCAGAACAAACAAACUGAUAACCAAGCAUUAGCCAGCCAGGAGCCCAGUAAGCUCCUCAAUGACCCGCAUGACAUUAUUUUGUAUCUUUUUAAACCUAAUAGACAAAGUGUAUUUUUCUUUAUAUUUCUUUACAGUCAAUUCCUUACUUUACUGUGUCUGUGUCCUAUUUGCGCUGUUCGCUGCAGUCUUUCGUCGUUUUUUUCCAUUACGCCAUUUUGAAAUGUAGUUCUAAAGCUUUAGCCAUGUAUCCAUCAAUAUCUGGUACCUUGUCUAUUAUAGGCCAAAUCAUGCAAUCUUUACGCACAGAUGCACACACAGACACAUAGACACAGACACACAGAAACAUACACACACAGGCACACAUGAACAGAGAGACAGAAACACUCACUCAGAUGCCUUCUCUUCUGUCUUCUUUAUUCAGCUACCAAAGCGAUGCCAUUGUUAAAAAAUGCUGCUAUCCUGUUUCGUUAUAUCUAAGAAAGAAUGGAUUUAGUUACCUAAUAUAUACAAUCUAUAUCAAAUAUAUCUAUGAUAGAUCUACCUAUCUAUAUCUGUAGGGGCGAUGCUAUGAUGUAAUAUAAGAAUUGUAGAGGUCUGGAUGACAGAGAGAAAGAGGAGGGAUCCAGGUAGGUGUUGCCUUUUAACCACAGAUCUAGGACCAGCUUUCUCUCCCCUGAAGCUAACCUAAACCAUUAAGAGUGGGAAAUGCAAAGCUGACUUUAGAUCAGUUUAGGGCAAAGGUGUAAAACCAGGCUCCUGGAUGGCCACACACCUGGCCAUAUCUAGCCAAUCAGCAACACCAGUUGAUCAAUUUAGUUUGAGGUUGAUAAAAACAUGAUGACACUUUGACCUGUGAGAACUGGACCUGACACCCCUGGUCUAGGGAUAACCUGGUAUAUUCCACUGGGAGUGGUUUAGUGAAUUAUAAUAUGUAUUCUAGGUGCUCACCUGCAGAUCUGAGGUCAGUUCAGUAGCCAGUCCCCGCUGUCGAAUGUAGAGGUUACUGAAGUAACCUUUUAUCCGCCCCCCCGCCCCCACUCAACCCUCAUACCUAUUCAUACCCUUCUUUUUUCUCUGCCCCCUCUCUCUUUUUCUAUCCCUCUGCCAUUCUCAGUACGUCUCCCUCCCCUCCUCGUUCCUAACCUCCCUCCCUCUCCCUCCGUCUCUCUAAUUAAUGCUGUUAUCAUCCCACUCUCUCUCUAAGCUGUGCUUCGCUCCUACUGUUAUCAUCCCACUCUCUCUCUCUAAGCUGUGCUUCGCUCCUACUGUUAUCAUCCCACUCUCUCUCUCUAAGCUGUGCUUCGCUCCUACUGUUAU